CUCGAGGACAGUAACGCGAAAUGCACGCAUUUGGGAUGCCUGCUACUCCCAUUGUAGGAGAUGAACGGGAGUUUCGUUCAUUUACAUCAUAAUUGCGAUUCAUUCGAGCUCCGAGAGAAGCUCAAAAGAAGAAUCGCGCAUAAUUCCAAUUUCGGAACAGUCAUCUUCAACUACCGAACUGUUGUUUGCUUUCACCCCAUCCUCGUCACCUUUUUACGAACCGUACGAUCAUCUCUGAUCCUGUCCGCGUCUUCGCCAUUUCUGGUGAUUAUUCUGGACACGCAAAUCUCGUUGAGUGAGAAUUUACUCAAUGCCCGAACAGUCAUGGAAGCAAAGUUGCCAAAGAAGGUUGACAGAUGGGAUGGUGAGGGCGGCCAAUUACGAAGCCCAAUUCAAUCAUCGCAACAGUGUUGUGACAUCAUUCAUGUGCGGUGCUUCUCCCCCGAUGGUCGUCAUGUAGCCCUCGGUUUUGGUGACGGUAUCAUUGACCUCACCGGCAUCAACCAAUGCACUAUUUCCCGAUUCCACCUCAAUCCAUGGCAGCAACUGUCGUUACCGAGGAAAACGAGGAGAAUGCCAGUCCAUAGCCAUGGUAGGACCCCCGCAAAUCUCGGUAUUAAUGGCCCCUUCCCUACGUAUACUGGUACUUUAGUGUCGGAUAAUGGAUCAUUUGUUGGACGAGUUCAAGCCUUGGUGUGACAACAUAACGCGUACAUCGGCUUCAAACGACCCACACCUCGCUUCCCCUCCUUCCAUCGCUUCCCUUCCAUCCUUCUGCUUAAAUCCUUUGUUACCCAGCCCUCAUCGCCACACAUCUAGGUUUUCUCCUGGUUUACAGAGUUGGUU